CGAAUGGCUGCUUGGCGGCGGCGCUGGUGGUGCCGAUCCGGUCCCGGCUGAACCCCCCCCCAGCAGGUGUAGUAGCUUCUACUGCCUUCCUCUCAAGAUGCCGGAGCAGAGUAAUGACUACCGUGUGGUGGUGUUCGGGGCCGGGGGCGUGGGGAAGAGCUCCCUGGUCCUGCGCUUCGUCAAGGGCACCUUCCGAGACACGUACAUCCCCACCAUUGAGGACACCUACCGGCAGGUCAUCAGCUGCGACAAGAGCGUCUGCACCUUGCAGAUCACCGACACCACCGGGAGCCACCAGUUCCCGGCCAUGCAGCGCCUCUCCAUCUCCAAGGGCCACGCCUUCAUCCUGGUCUUCUCCGUCACCACCAAGCAGUCCCUGGAAGAGCUGAAGCCCAUCUACCAGCAGAUCGUGCAGAUCAAGGGCAGCAUGGAGAACAUUCCCAUCAUGCUGGUGGGGAACAAGUGCGACGAGACCCAGAGGGAGGUGGAGACCAAGGAGGGGGAGGCCGUGGCCAAGGAGUGGAAGUGUGCCUUCAUGGAGACCUCCGCCAAGAUGAACUACAACGUCAAAGAGCUCUUCCAGGAGCUCCUCAACCUGGAGAAGAGACGGAACAUGAGCCUCAACAUCGAUGGGAAGCGCUCCAGUAAGCAGAAGAGGACAGACAAAAUCAAGGGCAAGUGCAGCUUGAUGUGAGGUGCCCCUUUCAUCACCAACCCCCCCAUAUCCUCAUCGUUGGUGUUCCCCCUUGGCUCCACAUUCUCCCACAUCCUUCCUCAGUAUCUUAGCGCUGCAAUGGCACUACGGGCACUGUAACGGCACUACGGGCGCUGUAACAGCACUACAAGCGCUGUAACAGCACUACAAGCGCUGUACUGCCUCUAACUCAUGGCCUCCCUUUUCUCCAUCCGCCUGGCGAGGGGGAUGACGUACUAUCGCAUGUGGGAGGCAUUCCUGGGUCCCCCUCGCAGAUGGAGACGAGACUCUCUCCUCUUCCAACCCCUGCUUUUCACUUAUUGGCCUUGAACUCUCCCGGGGGAGGAGGAGGGCACGAAAACUUAGCGUCAGGUGGGAAGAUGGUGGCCUCACUCAGGAGGACUCUUCCAGCUACUCCUGCACUGAGGAGGCCGCCCCGUACCCCUCCUACUCAUUUUGAGCACCGAAUCUUCAUGCCAGGCUCUGGAGGAGGUGGGAAUGAAGGAGAGAAGUUGUGGGAUUCACGGAUCGGAUCGGCCUGGCGACAGGGACGCUUCUUCCUGCCUUGUGCAGAAAGGGAAACCUUCUCUGACUUCAAACCUUCUUCCUCCAAGACUUCUGUUUGCUGAGAGGAAUGCCCAGUUCCCCUCCCCCCCCCCAAGCUCACCCUCAAUACUUUUGCUUGGAAAGAUGUUGGACAAGCCGGGGCGGAAGACAUAAUCCCUUUGGCGGGUUUCUGCAGUGCAAGCUCUUAAAUGGUCAGCACCGACUGGCCCAGACCUGGAGCCGUGCCGCCGCCCUGCCACGUGGGACCCACUUCCAACGAGAGUCCUCCGCAUCUGGUGGGAGCAGAAUCCAGCCAUCAAGGAGGGCAGGAUGGCAUGAGGCUUGGCCUCUGGGCCCCGGCCCACCCAUUGAAGAAGGCCAGUGCUUAGAGGGGCUCCUUGCGGGAACAUCGCACGCCUCUGGGCCCCUGGGAGGAACAUGUGAGUGGGGCAAGCACCUUGAGAGGAGCGGGAACUGGCACAGGGCUCAGCCCAUCCACCCACUCAGACUCUCCGGAGGUUGCUGCGUGAGAGGAGCUUGCCCCUUCGUUUCUGGGGAGGAAGAGAUUCUCCUCACCUCCUGCGCCCAGAGCCCUGGUGAAUGGGAGCUAAGCGACAAAAAGGGAACCAGGACUCGAAUGAAACCUGACCAAAGCAGGUCUUCAAAGGUUGCCUGCCCUGCCCUCCUGUGUCCUCUUCGCCCCUCAAUCUUGACAUGCCAAACUUUGAACAUUGCAACUUGCCGUGAGACUCUUAAAAUUAUCUUUCUUUUAAAUUAAGGGGAUUUUAAUGAUAAAAGCAACAUGAGACAGCAGCAAAAUAAGAGCACAUUUCUGCCAGCGAAGGCUGAGGUGAGGAGAUGAGGCUGGAAAGAGAGGAGGUGGCGCUGAAUUUGGGGUGGGGCGGGAUGCAGGAUGGGGCGAGGUGGCAGAGCAGAGCCUCAAGGCGGGUUCUUGAGCCGUUUGAUCCCCAGAGCUCAAGGAAGGCGACAUUUUGAGGUGCGAGCAGAGUUGGAAGGCUGCCUUUCCCAACCUGGUGCCCUCCAGGUGCCUUUGAUGACAAUUCCCAUCAGCCCUAGCCAGCACGGUCACAUGAUGACCCUGGGCACCACCACAGGUUCCCCCUCCUCUGGGCCUUUCUCACCUAUAAAUCCACCCCCCUGGUCCUUUUAAUCACACACCUUUUCUGUCUCCCCUGUUGAAUGUACGUACCUAAACCCUUCACAAAUUGAGGAAGCAACGGGCUCAGAAGGGGUUGGUGGAAUCUGAACUGGAGAAGGGAAACAGGGUGGUUCCUUAUCUCUUUUUCUCUCUCUUUUGACCGCCUGCUUAAGCAUAAGGGUGCGAUUUUUGCAGCAGUGGAGAAAACCAACUUGUUUGCUGUUGUGGUGAUGAAACUUUGGAUUCCAUUGUGGGUGCGUGUGGGUGUGAGGAAUGAGUGAUGAGGUCUCCCAAGAUGGCGUCCAAGCUGUGGUUUGCACAAGCUUUGCUUGACUCGGGCUUAGCUUUUGAAAGCAAGCUUUGAAAAUCAAAGGUUGUUUUAAAGGUGAGAGCAUGUGUAAAGAUGGAGAGAGUUAGAGACCAGGGAACUGUGUUAAAACAUUUCAUUUUUAAAUGCUCACCUUUCUAGUACUAUGGAUGCCCCACAGCCUGGGAGACCCAAGCAGCCCUUUCUGAGAUGCCCUUUGCUUCCCUGAAUGAGUAGGAAGCUUUCCCUCUGCUUGUUAAUUAGCUACUAAAUGUUAAUUAGUGGAUCCAAUCAGGGCCCGUGCAUAACAUGCCCAAAUUCUGGCCUAUGCAUCAACCUUCAUUAAAUUCUUCACCUUGGUUCUGUUUGGGCAGCGGCAAGCCAGUGGGUCAGGGAAUAAAACACAAGCCACAACUCAAAACCACAAACUCAGAAUUAUAACUGAAAGGAAGAUACCACUUUGUUGAUGUACAAAGCUUACUAGUAUCAUGGGAUCGAUAGAAAAUAGACAGAUAAUGCUUUGACACUGCAGCAACUUAAAGUAACUUGGAAAAGCCUUAAAUCUAAUUAAUUAGUUAAAACAAUAACCGUAUGAAUGGACAUAAUAACUUUCUCCAGUCUUGCUAUUUGUAUAUUUGAGCUCUAUGUUUCCUAGAAUAUUAAAGAAAGACAUAGUUACAUAGGAGUGGGUAGCCCUGAACCCUGAAAACACGCAAAAACAGCAAAGAUUAUAUAGCAGAAAGAAAAGAACAAAACAUAAUCCACAGGCAAUCCUCUCCUCCCCAUCAAGAAAAACUUCCAACUCACCAAAAUCUGAAUAAGUCCUUUAUACUGACCAGCAAACUGGAUCAGUGGGUUGGAAUCAUCCAGUAAAUUUACAUUAAUUUUAGUGAAGGUGAACCCCCAUUAUAAGUAGCCUAUGCGUACAUUAUGAAUUAUUAUAAUUCAUCUGGGAGUGCGGACAAAGGAGCAUCUGAGAUGCCUGCAUCAGUGAUUUUCUAAGCACUGCCCUUUCGCAUAGUGUUAUCUCAGCAGAUGUAUACGUUAUCCUUUGACUUAGAUAUUAUUUUGUCUAUCGAGCAGCUCUGUACCAGCUUCUUAUCAGACACUGAGGAGAGAUUGAAAGAACUGGGCCUGUGUAGCCUUCAGAAGACUGAGGGGAGAGUGAGCACUCUUCAAGUACCCUCCACCCAGAGGAGGGCCAGAAUCUCUUCUUGAUCGUCCCACAGUGCAGCACACGGAAGAAUGGGCUCAAGUUGCAAGGAGCCAGAUUUCGGCUGAGGAUGAGGAAGAAGUACCUGUUAGAGUGGUACGACAAUGGAACCAGGGAGGUGGUGGGCUCUCCAACACUGGAGGCGUUCAACAGGCAGCUGGACAGCCACCUGUCGGGGAUGCUUUAAUUUGGAUUCCUACAUUGAGCAGGGGGCUGGACUCAAUGACCUUAUAGGCCCCUUCCAACUCUACUGUUCUGUGAUUCUGUAAGAAGACUCAGGGGAAAUAUGAUAGCACUCUUCAUGAACUUGAAAGGAUGUCACACAGAGGAGAGCCAGGAUCUCUUCUCGAUCAUCCCAGAGUGCAGGACACGGAAUAAUGGGCUCAAGUUACAGAACAGAGGAAAAAUCUCCUAACUGUUAGAGCGGUGUGACAAUGGAACCGAUGACUAGGGAGGUGGUGGGCUUUCCAACACCGGAGGCAUUCAAGGGGCAGCUGGACAGCCACCUGUCGGGGAUGCUUUAAGUUGGAUUCCUGCAUUGAGCAGGGGGCUGGACUCAAUGACCUUAUAGGCCCCUUCCAACUCUUCUGUGAUCCUCUGAUAACUCUUCUCUGGCAGCAGUAAGCGAGAAUGCUUUGCAGAAUCCAAGCAGUUUGCAGAAAUGGCACACACAACAUAGCGGUAUCAUCCCCCUUGCUUCAUCGUGGCUUCACCAUGGCGCUCGCCUGCGCAUCCACUUCGAAUCUGACUGUCGUAUGUAGACUUUAUACAGGCCAUAUACAGACAGCUUUGACCAGAUUAACACGGCCUGCUCAAAGCACAAAGGCUCCAGCUCCUGACGGAGCAGCCUGAUCGUAGCACAAUCCCAGGCCGCUGGGAAGAGGGUUCCUGGGUACGUCGGUGGCCAGAACGUAGGUGACUGUCCUUCAAACUCUGGGGCGGAAACGUCAUUGGGGAAAGGGAAGUUGCAGCACACAGGAGGGAGAAAUUCCAGCUUUUGAGGAGCUUCCCAGAGUCGAUUUCCAAAUUUGUUUUAUUUAUCCGGCAAGACUUGUAAACCGCUUAAUCAAAGAGCUUCGCUAAGGGGUGUACAAAUGAAAUUGUAGAUAAACCACAAAUCCACAAAACCUUUAAAAUAUGCAUAUUUAUGCCCGUGAAGCCAUCAUCAAACCCCAGAUGAAAUGAGUCAAACUUUUCAAAACAAAUAUAGGUAGCUAAAUGAAUAGGCUGGCCGAAACAAAAGCAAAAUUAUAACCUCUCUGUGGGUUCUGAAGCAACUGGCUGGAAAAAUAAUUAAACAAGGUCCCCUGCUCUCCCCCUCAAAACCCUUCCCCAAAAGAUAACUUUGUGGAUGCUUAGUUGAGCCAACCUUGCGGAGAUUUCAGUCAUCCAUUUGAAUUUUAAUACUGGCUGAUGGGUGAAUUGAUUACGUUUGUCUACAAGUAAAUGUAAUAGUUCUGAAGCAAAAAGGCACCCGUUGAUGCUCAUGGGGAGUGGGUGCCUUGUAGCAGGUGAUGUCUUAGAAGAGUCAUCUCUCCAUCUCUCUCUCUCCCCCCUCUCUCAUACACAGGACCCUGGUCCUCUGUGUCUUGAGCCUUCCUGGCUGCCCAGGGAGACCUCAAGGGUGGUGGACCAUUUCUGGCAAGGCCUGGGUAGCUGAGGAUAGCUGAGGAGGUCUUGUUUGUUUCCAGAGGGUGAAGUUCCACAGACAGCUCCUUAUCCCAUCGCUGGCAGAAGCGGCCUGUCUGACUCCCCCUUGCGUUGGCACAAUUUGUACUGCUUACUUAUAAAGCGCCAGGGGGUUUGGCUCAGUUGCACAAUUUGACGGCGCAGGAUUCGGCGCAGAGUGUGCCGCGCCCGAUUCCUUAGCUCUCUGUGUGUGUGUGUGUGUGUUUCGACAUGCAUUGCUGCCCAGUGGCCUGGACAAAGCCUUCAGAGCUUCCUUCAAGCAGGACCUGCACAAGGAGGAUCAUUAUAGCUGCUCCCUCAAUUAUGGGUUACUUAAAUUGAUCCUAAAAUGAAUUUCAGUGGGAUGCAUUUAUUCCUUGGAAGCAGUGGCCACCUCAGGGUUGCUGAUUCUCUUCCUGUUAACCUUAUCAGCUCAUCACGAGGAUUCCUCUGUGUGUGUGUGAUUUGCCUGGAGUCCUGUUUGGUGUGGGGAGCCUGGCUUCCUGUCAGUGGCCCUGGUGGCUCUCAGUAACCUGGAGCCAGAGUUGCACAAUUUAUUGAUGAACUCAUUUUACACUAUGCUCUGUGAUCCAUCCAUCCGACCGGAGGACUCCGAACGGGGCCCUCUUCUUCGUCUUCGCCGGCUCAGAUAAUCGUGUCUCGGAUCAUGAAUGGUGCUUCUAAAAAUUUCACAAUGAAGGCAGCAACCCUUUGCAUUGUAAAUAAAACGGUCCUGAUUAGAUUUCCUCUCAACCGGUGCCAGCAUGACAAUAUUAGCUCCUCCGCAUAACUGGCUUUUUACAGAGGAAGAGGUUUAAAAAGAAAAGGCAAGACAAAACAAUAUUAUAAUAAUGUAAUAAUACUAAACAAACCAAUGGUACAAUGUAGCCUUUACUCUA